UGGUCCCGGUGAUGGAAUUGACAUAGCACUCUCCAGUUGUACUGAUGGCACAUUUUCUGCAACUGGUGGAGACAAGAUAACUGGCAGUCUCUCCAUGUUCUCUCGCCAUGGUAACAUGUGAUCCACAUGCACAGUGCGCUGUCUCUGUCCCGCUUGGAUUAGGAAAAAGCGAAUAGGGGGAGCCCUUUUGUCAUGAUAAAGCUUCUGCGCUGCUUGUUUUCCUUCGAUCCGUCUGGCAAGGUCCGGCUUGAGCAAACUGAAACGAGUCCUCAACUGGCGUUUCAGGAAUAACUCGGCUGGAGUACGUCCCGUCACUGUGUGGGGUGAACUGCGGUACAUGAGAAGGAAAUUUGCAAGUCUAUGACUGAGUGACAAGGAAGACUUGCUGUCUGCUUCCAGCACAUUCUUCAUCAGAGACCGUUUCAAGAUUUGUACUGAUCUCUCUGCUGCUCCAUUUGAUGCUGGGUGGUAAGCCGGUACAGCAGUGUGUUUUACUCCAUUACUCUCCAGGAACUGAGUAAACUCUUUUGCCACCAACUGUGGGCCAUUGUCUGAAACUAGCUCUUCUGGCAGUCCAUACGAUGCAAACAGACAGCGCAGCACUUUAAUGGUGUUGUGAGAAGUGGUGGACGACAUGGGAAAAACCUCUAACCACUUUGAAUGACUAUCAAUGACAACCAAAAAAUACUGUUUAUCUUUCUCUGCAAAAUCAAUGUGAAUUCUUUGCCACACUCUUUCUGGCCAACGCCAAGGAUGUAACGGUGCCACAGCUGGCAUUUUCUGUACUGCUUGGCAGACUGAGCACUUGUUCACCAGCUCUUGAAUUUCACCAUCACAGCCUGGCCACCAAAGGUAACUGCGGGCAAGAGCCUUCAUACGGCAAAUACCUGGAUGUUCAUGAUGGAGAUCCUCCAGUAAUCUCUGUCGAUAACCUGGGGGUAUGAUGACUCACUGUCCCCAGAGAAUGCAGCCUUGAUCUGCUGACAACUCCUGUCUGCGUACAAAGGAUGAGACGAAAGAAGUUGACAGAAACCUAAUGCUGCACAUCCGCCACGACUCAAGAAGAACAAGAAGCUGCCUGGAGACGUCGCCCGCAGGUGGCCGAAGACGUCAUGAGUCACUGGCGGCCUUCCUUAGACCAGAUGGCGGCGGCGCGGCGGCGUCACCGCGGGGAGUGCGAGCGCGCUCAGGAUGCGCUGGUCAAGGCGACCUCCUGCUUCCAGCAGCUGGUGGCGUCGCUGGGCAGCUCGGCCGACUGCAGCUUCCUGCGAGAGGAGCUGGGCGAGACGAGGUGGCUCGCACACGGGAUGUGCAGCGGGCUUUCCCGACGUCUCACGGCGCUUCUUUCAGACGAUGACUCUGCCAGCCCCGGUGCAGAUGAAAGGCAAGCUUUGGAGCGGCUGUGGGUUCACUUCCUGUCCGCGCUGGAGAACUUCCUGUCCGACCUACGCAAGGCUAGCUUCUUGAUUGGACACUUCCCGCUGACACAGCGCAAAGACAGGCGCUCAUUGGUCAAAACAGGAUGUUUUGACGGCGUGGUGGGCGUGGCGGCCCGGGCGGCCUCCGUCCAGACCCCCUGGCCCAGCUUGGAGGAGGAGCCGAGUCCUGGUUUGGAGGAGCACAUCGACAGCUUGGAGGUGAUGCUGAGCGACAUGCAGCUGAAGGUGCCGGUGCCGUUCUGGUCCGUGGAGGCCACCCAGCCGGUGUGGGUGGAAGGUGGAGAGGAACCCGUUGAGCCCGACGACAGCUUGGAGGACCUGAUGGAGGUUGAGGUGGUCUCCAGCGACAAGAUGGCUGCCUGCUGUCAGCCGCCGUGCUUUGGACUGAGCUGUGUCGGCUAAGAGGCAUAAGUAGUAGUGUAAUUCGUAAAUCCAUCCCUCCGUUCAUUUUCUACCGCUUGUCCCUUUUGGGGUCGUGGGGGGUGCUGGAGCCAAUCUCAGUUGCAUUUGGGCGGUAGCCGGGGUACACCCUGAAAAUGUCACCACCUCAUCACAGGGACAACACAGAUAGACGGACAACAUUCACACUCACAUUCACACACUAGGACCAGGGUAAUUUGUAAAUAAAAACAGAAUACAAUGAUUUGCAAAUCCUUUUCAACUUAUAUUAAAUUGAAUAGACUGCAAAGACGAGAUACUUAAUGUUCGAACUGAGAAACUACAUUUUCUUUGCAAAUAAUUAUUAACACAUUACAAAAAAGUUGGCCCAGGGGCGUUUUUACCACUGUGUUACAUGGCCUUUCCUUUUAACAACACUCAGUAAACGUUUGGAACAGAGGAGAGUAAUUUUUGAAGGUUUUUAAGGUGGAAUUCUUUCCCAUUCUUGCUUGAUGUACAGCUUAAGUUGUUCAACAGUCCGAGAUCUCUGUUGUGGUAUUUUAGGCUUCAUAUUGCGCCACACAUUUUCAAUGGGAGACAGGUCUGGACUACAAGCAGGCCAGUCUACCCGCACUCCAUUACUAUGAAGCCACGCUGUUGUAACACGUGGCUUGGCAUUGACUUGCCGAAAUAAGCAGGGGCGUCCAUGAUAACGUUGUUUGGAUGGCAACAUAUGUUGCUCCAAACCCUGUAUGUACCUUUCAGUAUUAAUGGUGCCUUCACAGAUGUGUUAGUUACCUAUUCGUAGGGCACUACUACACCUCCAUACCAUCACAGAUGCUCGCUUUUGAACUUUGCGCCUAGAACAAUCCGGAUGAUUCUUUUCCUCUUUGGUCCGGAGGACACGACGUCCACAGUUUCCAAAAACAAUUUGAAAUGCGGACCCUUCAGACCACAGAACACUUUUCCACUUUGCAUCAGUCCAUCUUAGAUGAGCUCGGGCCCAGCAAAGUUUCUGGGUGUUGUUGAUAAAUGGCUUUGGCUUGGCAUACUAGACCAAUUGUAGUUACUGACAGUGGUUUUCUGAAGUGUUCCUGAGCCCAUGUGGUGAUAUCCUUUACACACUGAUGUCACUUUUUGAUGGAGUACCACCUGAGGGAUCCAAGGUCCGUAAUCUCAUUGCGUAUGUGCAGUGAUUUCUCCAGACUAUCUGAACCUUUUUAGGAUACUACGGACCGCAGAGGGUGAAAUCCCUAAAUUCCUUGCAAUAGCUCGUUGAGAAAUGUUGUUCUUUAACUUUGACGAUUUGCUCACUCAUUUGUUCACAAAGUGGUAACCCUCGCCCCAUCCUUGUUUGUGAAUGACUGAGUAUUUCAUGGAAGCUGCUUUUAUACCCAACCAUGGCACCCACCUGUUCUCAAUUAGCCUGUUCAACUGUGGGAUGUUCAAAAUAAGUGUUUAAUGAGCAUUCCUUGACUUUCUCAGUCUUUUCUGCCACUUGUGCCAACUUUUUGGAAACAUGUUGCAGCCAUCAAAUUCCAAAUGAGCUAAUAUUUGCAAACAAUAACAAAAGUUUUCCAGUUCCAACGUUAGAUAGCUUGUCUUUGCAAUCUAUUCAACUGAAUAUAGGUUCAUCAACCAUCAUCAUCAUCAAUGUUUAUUUAUAUAUCCCUAAAUCACAAGUGCCUCAAAGGGCUGCACAAACCACAACAACAUCCUCGGUAGGGCCCACAUAAGGGCAAGGAAAAACUCACCCUAGUGGGACGUCGACCAUGAUGACUAUGAGAAACCUUGGAGAGGACCACAUAUGUGGGCAACCCCCCCUAGGGAACCGAAAGCAAUGGAUGUCGAGCGGAUCUAACAUGAUAUUGUGAAAGUCCCAUCCAUAGUGGAUCUAACGUAGCCGUGAGAAUCAAGUCCAAAGUGGAUCCAAUAUAGUAGCGAGAGUCCCAUCCAAAGUGGAGCCAGCAGGAAACCAUCCCAAGCGGAGGCGGAUCAGCAGAGAUGUCCCCAACCGAUGCACAGGCGAGCGGUCCAUCUUGGGUCCCGACUCUGGACGAGCGAUCCAUCCUGGGUCCCGACUCUGGACAGCCAGUACUUCAUCCAUGGCCACCAGACCGGACCCCCUCCAUAAGGGAGGGGGGGACAUAGGAGAAAAAGAAAAGAAACGGCAGAUCAACUGGUCUAAAAAGGGGGUCUAUUUAAAGGCUAGAGUAUACAAAUAAGUUUUAAGAUGAGACUUAAAUGCUUCUACUGAGGUAGCAUCUCGAACCGUUACCGGGAGGGCAUUCCAGAGUACUGGAGCCCGAACUGAAAACGCUUUAUAGCCCGCAGAGUUUUUUUGGGGCUCUGGGAAUCACUAAUAAGCCGGAGUCCUUUAAACGCAGAUUUAUUGCCGGGACAUAUGGUUGAAAAGGAUGUGCAAAUCAUUGUAUUUUUUAUUUAUUUACGGUUUACACAACGUGCCAACUUCACUGGUUUUGGGGUUUGUAUAACAUAUAAUAAUAAUAACAAUAAUCAUCAUCAUUGUCUUAACCUGCAGUUAAGUCCUGCAUUAAAAAAAGAUGAUAAAAAGAAAACUUUCACUUUCCAAAGUCGGCUGGAAGAUGAAGUACCUUGUUGUGAUCUUUGUGUGGGGCUGUUAUUCAUUUUAGAUUUUUUUUUAUCUAAAAAAAAAACUUAAGCGGAAAUGAUCCAAACAAACAAGAGGUCGUCAGCACGUCACAUCUCGGUUGAUUGUAGCAAUCCAUGCUCGCCUUCGCCGUUAACUUUUUUUUUUUUAGCCGUAUGUCCAGAAACAAGCCAGGAAUAUCUCUCCCACCUCGAUUGUGGCAGUUGACAAUGGCACACGUCGUCGGCCUUAUGAAUUUGAAUAUUAUUGGAUAAAUUAGUGGCGACAAGUAGCGUUUUCACUAACUUCUACCCUUCAAUAUGGAUAAUGCAUUGUGGAAAAUGUAAAAAAAAUAAAAAUGAAUCCUUCUACAGCUACUUUCUUCAUGAGGAGUUGGCAACACUGACUGUGUGUUUGAAUUCAAACAUGCUGCUAUUUUUACUCCCUCAACAUUAAUUUAUCACAUUGUUGCUUAUAAAACAUGUUAUAAUUGCACAAGUGUUCGUAAUGUUCCCAGGGCUACGUGUAAGUGCAAUGACGAUAUUGUAUGUCUGGUAUAGUAUAUCAAAAUGAACCCAACAGAGGUGUAGUGCCAAGUCAACCAAGUCAAAUGGGGUUGCUUUUCCAGCAAAUGUGCAUGACAGCAGGUGUGCGCGUUCGUAUGUAAACAGACACAGUUUUGAAAAGUACACCUGAGUGGAUGGAGAUCGUUUUAACACUGGAUACGCAUUUUUGAAACUUGUAGAUGCAUGGUCUGAGUUUCAACCUGAUCGCGAUUGAUUUAUAUCAUCAUAUGUAUUUAUAACCAAAUGAUCUCUGCUUGCAAAAACAUUUGCGACUCAGUUCCACCAAUCUAACUUAAGCACUAGUGACCUUUGACUGCUUUCUAACCAACCAAACAGAGCUUAGCAGUCAUACGACCGCACUUAAACUACGCACAGUAAUACAAAACCCCAAAGCGGUGAAGUUGGCAAGUUGUGUAAAUGGUAAGUGAAAACAGAAUACAAUGAUUUGCAAAUCAUUUUCAACUUACAUUCAAUUGAAUAGACAGCAAAGACAAGAUAUUUAAUAUUUGAACUGAGAAACUUAAUUUUUGUUGCAAAUAAUCAUUGACUUAGAAUUUAAUGGCAGCAACACAUUGCAAAAAUGUUGGCACAGGGGCAUUUUUACCACUGUGUUACAUGGUCUUUCCUUUUAACAACACUCAGUAAACAUUUGGGAACUGAGGAGACCAAUUUUUUAAGCCUUUCUGGCAGAAUUAUUUCCCAUUAUUGCUUGUUGUACAGCUUAAGUUGUUCAACAGUCCUGGGUCUCUGUUGUGGUAUUUUAGGCUUCAUAAUGCGCCACACAUUUUCAACGGGAGAUAGGUCUGGACCAGGGGCGUCAUUAGACCUAAUACUGUACUGGGGCCCACCUGGGGCACAAAUAAUUUGUGUGAGCGUGCAAAGCGCGCAAGCAAAAACAUUUUUAGCACUUAUUUAUCAUAAAAAAUACAUAAAUAGUGCUUUAAACUAUGAAAUCAUAUCAGAUUAUGUUGUAUGGAUCUUUGAUUAACCACCUGAAAUUAACUAAUGCAUUUGACCUACUUGUGCACUUUUUUACUCCAGACUUCUAAACUGCUACUGGUAAAAGCAAAAACGAAGAGCAAUGCAUCUUUUUGAAAUAUAUAUUGCAGUAAUCAUCUGCAAAUUUAACAUCUACAAAAGUAAAACAAAAAAUAAAGCACCCCUACAUCUCUGGGGUCUUUUAUAUUAUUUAAUUUCCAUUUAUGGCAAUGUGGCGAAUCCUAUUUCAGAUACACAAAACUAUAAAAUAUACACAAAACAAUAAAGCCACAGUAGUAGAAUAAAUGAACAACUGUUGUGUGUCUGUUCGGGGAAUCAUUUUCUGAGAAGUAAACUGUAACGUCUCGUUUUCAUUUUUGCAAAGUGGUCAAUUACUCUGGACAGACAUGGAAAUAUUACAGUAACUGUUAUACAGUUGACCAGCGGUUCCCAACUGCUGGGUCGUGACAUAAAAGUGGAUUGUGUGUCAUUUUCAGUGAGUCGCAGUCAGAUGUGUGCAUGAAAAAAAAAAGGUUUAGGGAGAAAAAAAUCAAAUUGUGGCAACAAAACCAGAUAUUUAUUGCCAUUUUUCUAGUGACUGUUAGUGAGUAUUUUAGCAAAAAGCAAACCGAAUAACAAGUUGGAGGAGGACUCAGAACAGACAUGGAAAUAUAUAUAUUUUUUCAAUCUAAAUGGAGCAACAAAACCCGAUAUUUUCAGCCAUCUUUCUGAAAACAAAUACAGAAAUGUUACUAUUUUUUCUGGAAACAAAACCAGAUGCUUUAGCUGUAGCCAUUUUUCUGGUGACAAAACAAGAUUAUUUUAGUCAAAGUCACACCAAUUAACAAGACAAGUCUACUGUGCUAUUUUUCUGUGAAAUAAACUUGAAUGAUUUAAAAAUAUCGGCACCAAGAUUGUUCAAUCUUUAUAUAAACGAUAUUUGCAAAGUUACAAAAAACUUAAGAGUUAGUUUUAUUUGCAGACGACACAACUGCUUUCUGUUCAGGAGAGAACACACAGAAGAUAAUACAAAUAAUAACGGAAGAAAUGAAUAAAUUUAAAAAAUCCAUCCAUCCAUCCAUUUUCUACCGCUUAUUCCCUUUCGGGGUCGCGGGGGGCGCUGGCGCCUAUCUCAGCUACAAUCGGGCGGAAGGCGGGGUACACCCUGGACAAGUCGCCACCUGGUUUGAUAAAAACAGGCUAUCCUUGAAUCUCAGUAAAACUAAAAUAAUGCUAUUUGGUAACAGUAGAAAAGAGCAUCAGACACGAAUACAAGUAGAUGGAAUAGAUAUCGAAAGGGUAAAAGAAACCAGAUUUUUGGGAGUAAUAAUAGAUGAUAAAAUGAACUGGAAAUCUCAUAUACAAAACAUACAACAUAAGGUGGCAAAAAAUAUUUCAAUAAUGAAUAAAGCAAAAUACGUCCUGGGCCAAAAAUCACUUUAUAUUCUCUACUGCUCGCUAGUGUUACCAUACCUGAGUUAUUGUGCAGAAAUAUGGGGAAACAACUACAAAUGUGCGCUACAUUCGUUAACUGUGUUACAAAAAAGAUCGAUUAGAAUAAUACACAAUGUUGGAUAUAGAGAACAUACAAACACUCUAUUUAUUGAGUCAAAAUUAUUAAAGCUCGAUGACUUGAUAAAAUUGCAAACAGCUAAAUUGAUGUACAAAGUAAAUUAUAACCUGCUAGCAAAGAAUGUACAGUAAUUCUUCUCAAAUAAAGAGGAGAAAUAUAACCUUAGAGGAAAAUCUAACUUAAAACAUUUGUAUGCCCGUACAACACUUAAAACUUUUAGCAUAUCAGUAUGUGGAAUUAAAUUAUGGAAUGGAUUAAGUAAAGAAGUUAAACACUGUACUGAUAUGACCCAGUUUAAGAGGAUGUUCAAAUUAAUAGUGCUUACAAAGUACAAAGAAGAAAUAUUAUGAGAAGCACUUUCAAACUUAUUGAAAAUAAGAUGUUCUUCAUCUUAGUAUGUUAAUAAUGACAUAAAUAAUUAAGUACAUGUUAGAAAACUGCUGUGUUACUCACUCACAGAUGGCAUUUUGCUAUUUUGAUAUUUUGCUGUAAAGAAGGUCAGUGAAUGAAUGUAUAUAUUGUGGGCGCUCUGAAGUGGAAAAGGAGUAGGAUUAAAUAAGCUUUGCUUCUUCCUACUCCUUUUCGGACAUUAUGUACUGUGUAUUGCGAAAUGAUGAAAUUAACUGAUGUAUAAUGUUGUA